GGGGCAGGUGCCCAUUCUGUUCCCUCCCUCUCUUCCUGCUGUCAGGCAGAAAACAGGCUUCUCUCCCCAAGGAAACUGAGGCACAGAGUAAGCACAGGCCUGAGGGGCCCCACUUGGGCUGGCCUCACCCUCAUGAUGGAAGGGCAGCCAGAUAGGGCCACUGACCUGGGGGGCUGGAGGAGGGGAUGAAAUGGCCAGGCAUCCAUGCCACGGCACUGCAGCACUGGCGGGAGGCCAGGCCCGGAGGGAUGGAUGAGGGAGACAAGCUCUUAUGUUCUGCAGGGCUCUGUACACAUAUGAGGAUGGCUCAGAUGACCUCAAGCUUGCAGCAUCAGGAGAAGGGGGCUUGCAGGAGCUCUCAGGCCACUUCGAGAACCAGAAGGUGAUGUACGGCUUCUGCAGCGUCAAGGACUCUCAGGCUGCUCUGCCAAAAUAUGUGCUCAUCAACUGGGUUGGCGAAGAUGUGCCUGAUGCCCGCAAGUGUGCUUGUGCCAGCCACGUGGCUAAGGUGGCUGAGUUCUUCCAGGGCGUCGACGUAAUCGUGAAUGCCAGCAGUGUGGAAGACAUAGAUGCAGGUGCCAUCGGGCAGCGGCUCUCCAACGGGCUGGCGCGGCUCUCCAGCCCAGUACUGCACCGCCUACGGCUGCGAGAAGAUGAGAACACUGAGCCUGUGGGCACCACCUAUCAGAAGACAGACGCAGCCGUGGAGAUGAAGCGGAUUAACCGCGAGCAGUUCUGGGAGCAGGCCAAGAAGGAGGAGGAGCUGAGGAAGGAGGAGGAGAGGAAGAAGGCCCUGGAUGAGAGGCUCAGGUUUGAGCAGGAACGGAUGGAGCAGGAGCGGCAGGAGCAGGAGGAGCGGGAACGCCGCUACCGGGAGCGGGAGCAGCAGAUUGAAGAGCACAGGAGGAAACAGCAGACUCUAGAAGCAGAAGAGGCCAAGAGGCGGUUGAAGGAGCAGUCAAUCUUUGGUGAUCAGCGGGAUGAGGAGGAAGAGACCCAGAUGAAAAAGUCAGAAUCGGAGGUGGAGGAGGCAGCAGCCAUCAUUGCCCAGCGGCCUGACAACCCUCGUGAGUUCUUUAAGCAGCAGGAACGAGUCGCAUCAGCCUCCGCAGGCAGCUGUGAUGUGCUCUCGCCCUUCAACCACCGGCCAGGCAGCCACUUGGACAGCCACCGGAGGAUGGCUCCCACCCCCAUCCCUGCCCGGAGCCCAUCCGACUCCAGCACGGCCUCCACCCCUAUUGCUGAGCAGACCGAGCGGGCCAUGGAUGAGGUCACGUCCUCGCAGCCUCCACCACUGUCGCCACCGCUACCACCAGCCCAAGAGACCCAGGAGCCCAGCCUCUGCCCGGAGAGUAAAGAGACCAGCAAGGAAGCCCAAGCAGCAGCCCCUCAGGCAUCGGCAGGCCUUGUGGAGGAGCCCCUUCUGGCAAGGGAGCCUCCCCGGGGGCAGGACAGCCCCACCGAGGACUUGAUGUUCAUAAAGUCUCCAGACCAGGCUGUCCUGGCCACCCCUCUGGAGCUUCCCCCAGCCGACACCACUGCAGCAGACACCUCUGUAGCUGAUGCACCUGACACCAUUGAAACCGACACUGCUGCCGUUGACACCACUGUUGCCAACACAGCCGCCCCCGCUACUGCCAGCCUUAUUGACCUAUGGCCUGGCAACGGGGAAGAGGCCUCCGCACCCCACGCCAGGGAGCCACAGGCCGAGCCCAGGGCCCCCACACCACCCUCGAGUGCCAAGGUCACUCUGGCGGAGGUGCCCCUGCUGGACCAGGUGGCUCAGGAGCCCCUGCCACCAGCAGGUGAUGGCUGUGCCAACCUUCUCAAUUUUGAUGAGCUGCCUGAGCCACCAGCCACCUUCUGCGACCCAGAGAAGGAAGCAGAAGGGGAGCCCCUGGCCGCCCCCCAGGCCCCAACUCUGCCCUCCGCUCUAGAGGAACUAGAUCAGGAGCCGGAACCGGAGCCCCACGUGCUGACCAAUGGCGAGACGACCCAGAAGGAAGGGACCCAGGCCAGUGAGGGGUACUUCAGCCAGUCACAGGAGGAGGAGUUUGCCCAAUCAGAAGAGCUGUGUGCGAAGGCUCCACCUCCUGUGUUCUACAACAAGCCUCCAGAAAUCGACAUCACCUGCUGGGAUGCAGACCCUGUACCGGAAGAGGAAGGCUUCGAAGGUGGAGAUUAGUGGUGCGCCCGCCCUAAGGCUGCCUUCGCCAAGGUCGCCCACUUCCAGGCCUGUUGCCAGACGGCCCGCCGUGCCUGCACUCGCAGCAGCUCCGUCUGGCACCCACUCCGGAUCCCGGCCCUGGCCUGGACUCGGCCGCUUCCCCACCCACAGGGCCCAACUUUGACAGCUUUUCUCUCUCUUUUUUUUUUAAAGUGGAUAGGAGACUUGUACAGUUGACCGAUUUUCCUCCCGUUGGUAGUUGAGACGCUGUUGCAGAUUCCACCCUCUCCCCGCCGGAUCCAGAUUGUAGCUCUUAGAACUCCCUGCUCAGCUGGCCCGGGGUGGAGGCCUCCCCCUGCUUGGGGCCUGGUGCGGGGGAGCUCUGGUGGGAAGAUGUCCCCCCCACCUCUUUUCCUAGUUUUAUGUUUCUUGGAAAAAUAUCACUUUGUAUUCUCUGUCCAGGGCUUCAGAUAUUUUGCACGAAUUUUAAAACAUGGCAAUAAAUGGCUCGCGGGCUCUGGCUCCCUGGGACCCCCUCCCUACCCUUCUCUUGACCCCUCCCUGCCUGGCCCAAAGGAAGUAGCAGGCCCAGCUGGGGCCCCUCGGCUUCCCUGCCCUCUCCUGCCCCCUCCUGCUGGGCAGGUCCCAGGCUGGAGGCCCGCAGAUCCAUUCAGGACAGGGCUAUGGUGGGGGGGGGCUUGGGUGGCCCCUCCCUGACUCCUCCCUCUUCGCUUGGGUUCCUUUUUCACGUUCAGUAACUGUUUUUUGGAAAGCACAAACUUCUGUAACGGAUCGUGCUCAUGUCUGUUAAUAAAGAAAUCCAGAUCCCUUUGGGCCUGCUGCUCCGGGCCUCCAAGGGCUGCUCUGGGGUGGGCCGCCUGCCCGGACACCCCACCCCCAACUCCUCCCACCUCAAAGGCCACAGAGGCAGGGACAGAUAUCCGA